AUGGGAAACUUUUAUUGUGAUCAUGGCCCAGGUUACCACGCUUUCUUCCAUGGCUACGAAAACCAGCAGCAUCCUCCUCCUGGAUUGCAUCAAAUGGCUGCGUUGUUUUCCUAUCGUGGGAAAUAUUUAGACUUGAGCAACUGUGGGAGUGAAAGUAGGAAAACAUCCACUGGGGCUACCUGGGAGGAAGGAAGACUGUCGCAAACAUCACACGCCAUUGUGUGGCGAGAUACAAGCGCUGCAUUCUUGUUUUUAUCGCGAGAGAUCCGAGAUUUCAUGGCUGAAUGGCAGCAGCACUGCUAUCCUGCAGGAGCGUCAGAUCAAGUUGUACGUACAAAAGUGCCACACAGAGCGUGGAGGAAGUCGAAAGAGGAAGGGUUGGUGGUCUGGUUUUGGUUGAGACGCUCUCUCUCUCUCGCCACCUUCUUUUUGGGCGAAAGUCUCUCUGCUGACGGUCCUUUCCUUCAGACUUUGGUGAGCGAGAAGUUAGAUCCUCAAACAUUACGAUUUAUGUUGAAGGGAAGUCUUCCUUAUGACAAGGAACUCUUGAAACCACAAAACCGCUUGUUGAGAUAUAUUCUUGAACAACCAUACAGUAGGGAUAUGGCUUGUGCAAUUUUGGGUUUGCAGAAACAGCACAAAUUAAGAUGCGCAGCAUUGGAAGAACGAUUGGUGGAGCUGAUUUUGGCUGCAAUGGAAAGAACAGAGGUCGAAAUGGGCCAGACAUUGGAUGGACAAUCAUCUGAUGAGGCCUUGCCAUCCACUUUGUCAUUAUGGCAGCACUUAUCAACACAAUUAAUUUUCUUUGUUCUUUUUCAAUUCGCCAGCUUUCCCGUUAUCGUUACCAAUUUAUAUAUAAAGAUUUCCGAUGUUAAACUAUUCAAAGGACGAGAUUUUCUAAUGUGGAUUUUACUUCAAUUCAUUUCUGGAAGCAUUCAAAAGAACCCCCUUAGUGAUUUCCUUCCUGUACUCCGCCUCUAUGAUGUUUUAUAUCCUGAGAAAGAACCACUUCCAGUGCCCGAUAUGACCAAACCCGUUGCGACUGCUCAGAUGUCUGCUACAUGCAUAUGGAUUCACAUUUUGAAAAAAGCACAAGGAGAAAAUCAGACACUUCCAAGACCUCUUCCAUCAACUCUAAAAAAUCAGUAUGACUAUCUUCAAAGUAUGGUGCAACCAUCUAGUUCCCAAAUUCCAUUACAAGUGAAUGAUCAUUGCUACCGUGUAGCCUUGUUGUGCAAUGCUUAUUCGACGAACCAAGAGCAUUUUUCUAGGCCCAUGGCAGCUUUAGUAGAAGCAAUUCAUGGAAGCACGACUGGAACUCCAACUGCAAAUCUAAGCCCCACAACGCCUCUUUCCGUCCAAUGUCUGGACUCCUUGACAGUGCAUACAAAGAUGAGCUUGAUCCAUAAUAUUGUAACACAUAUCAUGAAGGUUGCUCAGUCAAAAUCAAAUCAAAAUUUGGCUCCGGCCUUAAUUGAAACAUAUGCCAGAUUACUUGUAUAUAUGGAAAUUGAGUCGUUAGGGAUCAAAGGCUUUAUUUCACAACUCUUGCCAGCUGUGUACAAGUCUCAAGCAUGGGGAAUUUUGCACACGCUGUUGGAAAUGUUUUGUUAUCGCUUGCAUCACAUUCAACCACAUUACCGAGUUCAAUUGUUGACACAUUUGCAUUCUUUAGCCACUAAUACUCACACAAGUUCCGCCCAACUUCAUUUAUGUGUUGAAAUGACAUCAUUACGGUUGAUUACUGGGUUCAACAGUGUUGAUGUACAAACUCAAUUGUCACGUGUUACUGGAGAAACAAAAUCCCUUGUGUCGACAGAGUCAGAAGAACUAAAUCGAGCUUUGGUGUUGACCAUUGCAAGAGCGAUUCAUGUUGGAGUACUCGCACUUCAAAAAGUCUCGAAACACCUUCCGACCCCCACCGUUCCGCAUCAGUUUCUCAAACGAGUCCCCCCAACUGCGGAUCUCCUCCAGCCUGUGCGACAAAAUCACACAUUUACAUCCACACCUACCCUAUAUUUUCCAUUUCCAUGCAAUCUCGCACGCGUUAACCCUAAUUGAUGGGGUCGUCAUUAUUCAACAUCGAUAUAAUCAUCGCUUCUACACAAGAAAUAAUACUUGGAUCAGGGAAAGUACUAAAAACCUACAGUGUGCAGUGUCUAGAUAGCCCGAGUCAGGGUGUAUGCAUUUUACCGACCAAUCCGAUUAUUUGGCAUCAGAUAACUGUUAAACGUAACAUUUUUGCAAGUUCUUGUUCCUUUAUAAGAAGCCAUUCUACGAGUAUGUAAAAAAUUUCGUCUUACUACGACAACUUCUCAUAAUCAGUGUGGGUCACACACUAGGACAACCAUGAUUGAUUUUUUUUAAAAUUUAACUUUACCUUAGUUAUCUGCAAGUCAUUAGCAAUCUCAAAACCAAAUUUCAGCUCAACUGGAGGAUUUUAAAAAACCAGUGUGGAUGAUCCCAUAGGGUACCCCUGGGUGAAAAUUUUUGUGAUUUCAUUUUAUAUUCUCUCAUUAGAAACAAUCCGAGACCUAUAUGCCAAAUUUCAGGCUUCUACGACAAUAUUUCAAAAUCGGUGGGGUCACUCCAUAGGGUACCUCUGGGUGAAAAUUUUGCAAAUUUUACUUCAUAAUCUGUCUUUAUAGGCCAUUAUGGACCUCCAUGUCAAAUUUCAGGCUUCUAGGACAAUAUUUCAAAAUCGGUAUGGGUUGCCCUGCAGGGUACCUCCUGGUGAAAAUUUUUCAAAUUUUACUUCGUAUUCUUUCCUUAAAUUCCAUCAGCGACCUCCAUACCAAAUUUCAGCUUUCUACGACUACUUUGAAAUUUUGGUGCAUAAUCCUUACUUGUUCAUCCAGUUUAUCGUUGAGAAUUCCAAAUCUAGACCAUACAAAAUUUAGUAAUAAAUCCCAGAUAAAAAAAAUCAGAAGAAAGAUUUUGGAAAUUACGUGGUCAUUUGAGUUUUGUCAUCAGGUAUUAUUGUAUUUUUCACGAAGCUCCCGCACGCAAAAUCGUAGAA